AUCAUGAUAAUUUUGAAAACUGACAACAGAAAAAUGAAAACACUAUUUUCUUGUUUCAUAUUUUUACAGGAAAUUGAAAACCAAAACUGAUGCCAAACAAGCACUCAAGUGACGGUUUUGUGGUAUAUAUUAAAAAAUAAAAAUAAAUUAACUUGUUAAAUGAUGACGUGGACAGUAAAUUGAGAAAUUGUAAAAGUUUAGCUGUAUUUAGGGAAUUGGAAGUAAUUGGAGCAUUAUCGAAGGAAUAUGACUCAAAUUGUCACGAAAAAUAAUUUCCUCACAAAAAAAUAAAAAAAUAAAAAAAAAAAUGUUAUGAAAAAGUACAUAGUCCAACCGAUUUAAUAUGAAGAGUCGAUUUUACAACUCAUACUAUGUCGGAUUGUCGUUGUCGGUGUCAGUGUCAGAAACACAACCCCUUCUUAUCCACUUCCCCUGCUUCUGAAAACCCAACUCACAACCUACAAUGGUGAAGCAGAGUAUUCUAUGGCUUACUCUUACUUCUCUUUUCUUGUUCUCAGCUUCUGCUCUUGAUACCCAAAGUAAAGUGACAAAAAAUCCAGCUGACGAGCUUGUACAAAUGCUGAAUGAUAAUAGAACUGCACACCAUUUAUCAGCCCUCUAUAGCAAUCCUGGGUUGGCAUGCAUCGCUUUGCAAUACAUUAAAGCUUAUGAUGGAGAUUGUGGCGACGUAGGUGGACCUAAAGCCAAGAAGCCUGAGGAUUCUGCUUUUGCAGAAACAUUUGCUCCCAAUUGCAACGUGGAGCCUGCAUCCCUGACUCAAAUUACGGGGCGCUUCCUGGGCUGCGAGUCUAAAUAUCUUAAGCCUGAAAAAGCAUUCUCAGAGAUACUAAUAAAGGAAAGCAAAAGCCUGAACAUUCUCUACAGUAAGAACCACACUGAAGUUGGGGCUGCAGUAAGUGGUUCCUAUGGUGGGGGGCCAUUUUUCUAUUGCGUGCUCUUUAGCAAUGGUAAAUCUAACAGUAGCUUUGUUCUUGAGAACGGUGAGGCUAAAGUAAGUAGACCGGGUUGUUUCAGUGGUGCCAAUGAUGAAUGUAACAGUGCUGAAGGUAGGUUUCAGGCUUACCAUUUGUUGAACUCUAUUCUAGGAGUUUUGGCUGUUAUUGGAUUUGCUGUCGGCAUAUGAUAGUAAUUCUUUUGACGUUUGUCCAUUACACUGAUUGGUUUAAGUUGGGGAAUUUAUUUAUUUAUUUUUUUUGGGGGGGGGGGGUGGAGGGUGAGAGAUUGUACUGUCAAUUGAUCUGAGUAUGUUACAAAUCACGAAGACAAGAGAACGUAAGAAUUGCAUAUUAUGAUUUGAGAAACCCUGAUCAAUCUCUAUCUUCUCCCUGUGCCUUGUCUUUGGCAAAAUUCAUUAUUUACUACGUUAAACUGUAACGAUUACUCUAAGGUUCAAUCAGUUAAAUAUAUCCGUCCUGUUUUUGGCAUUUUUUU